GGGCUCUGCAUGGGUGUUUUCGAUCAUACGAAAUAUUUCCUCUUUCAAGACAAAACAAACAAACUAACAAACAAAAUUUGAGAUACACGUAUUUAGCACGAAAAAUUAGGUCAUAAUUUUUUAGCAGAAAUGCACGGCUUAAGUCCCGUUUGGCAAAAGUGGGUUCUUAUAAACCCCCUGACACAGCCUCUGUUUCCACCUGUCCGAACUGGUCCAGACUAGCAUCAUCCAGUGAGGAUGAGGAGAGAUGCGGGGAUGAGAUGACAUCAGGUUUAAGCUAAUGGACAAGAUAAAGCCCCUCAAAGCGUCUCUCACAAUGCCUGACUCCUGGGAAGUGGUCCAGAAGUGCGCCGGUUUCGUGGUGGUGAUCUCAGCGGCUGCGCUCAUCCUGACGGGCGCUCUGGUCGUGCAUCCCAUGCUGGAAAAUUCCACCCUGUCGUAUCGUCCAACUGUCUGCAAAACGUCCUACAGUUACAAGUCUGGAGGGGAGGCAUGUUGGUGCGGGAAGAACUGCAAGUCUGUGGCACGCUGUCUGGUUGUCAUGGUAACGAUGAACUCCAGCAGCCCAGCCCUGCUUGUGCAGAGCGAGGAAGUCAUGCGCGUCUCGGACAAGUGCUCCCUAUACUACUGUCUGCGUGAUAAAGACCGCAUGGAUCGACUUGUGGAGGAGUUUCAGACGGCAUAUGGACAGCAGGGACAGAAGUAUCGCUGUCUCUACAACGCUCAUGACCCACAGAAAGUCCUGCUGAAGCGAAUGUACAACCAGUGGUCGAUCUUCCACGCACUGUUCUGGGCAGGCCUGGUAUUGGUUCUGUCGUGUUGCUGUUGUCUGUGGGUUCCCGGUGGGCUGGCCCGAAAAGAGAGUAAACCUGACCAUAAACCUGAGUUUCAACCGGUUUAAACUGGCUUCCAAUGACCUUUGACCCUGUUACUGACAUCACACAUGUAUGGGGGUGGGUACCGGUACUUGUUGGACAGGACUUGAAAAAUAUCAGUGGACCAGAUUUUGGACCAAUUGGAAAAUGACCAGCUUAUACCGGCACUAAGGCAGCUGGUGUUCACGAGUCUUGGGGCUUACCAGUCCAAGGAAAUAAGGAGCGAAGUGGAAGAGAGUUGAUAGUCAUUUUACCAAGUUAACAGAUUCAGCAGUUGAUGUUGUUGACAUGAAGAUAGGAUACUCCAACUUUUUGGCGAAAUGGACCAUAGUUUUGAGUAUCGCCAAUUGACAAGUUUUCACAAAUAAUUAGGUCCAAGUUCAGGUCCAGGUCUGGACCCGAUACUCUAGACCUGGACGGCACCUGGACCUGUAUUCUGUACUGGUACCCACCCCUUCACAUGUAAAUGGGGUGUCUCAAGGACCUGAAUAUUCUUGUCCCUCAGUUCUGGGGAAAAAAAAAAUGCUUGGAACAGGAAAACAAGUUGACAUUGUGUCAUCCAUCCAAAAAUUCUGAAAUGCCUAACAUGAAAUUGUUGAAAAUGUAUUUUUGUGACAUUGAAAAUUUACCACAUGAGGUCCCAAACAAUGAGUGGGAUGGAAGCGAAUUUUUAACUGAAGACAGCCCAAAUACGAAGGGUGAUCAAUAAGUUCUCAGCAUCACCCAGAAACAAUAAGCACAACUCAGGUUUUAAAG